GUGUGGGUGUGGUAAGAGUGACCUCACAUGUCCGGAUUGGGCGUAUAACAGUGGGCAUACAUACAUACAUACUAGGUAUAUACUGUACAUACGUACAUACCGGUCCACGAACGCCAUUCACACACGCGGCCCCUCAUUGGUUUGUUCGGUCGUAAUCAAUCAAUCAAUCACACCAUCGCUCAUCAACAUGGCGCUCAUUCAUACUCCCAUCCCAAGUCUCAAGCUCAACGAUGGCAACAGCCUCCCCAUGCUCGCAUUCGGGACCGGGACCGCAUGGUACAAGACCGGCGACGAGUCCAAACUCGACCAGAACUGCAUCGACAGCACCGUCACCGCCAUCGAAUUGGGCUAUCACCACCUCGACGGCGCCGAGGUCUACAAGACCGAGACCGAACUCGGCAUGGCCAUCAAGAAGGCCGGCGUCGGCCGCGACAAGCUCUUCAUCACGACCAAAGUCCUCCCGAACAUCGCCGACAUCCCCGCCGCCCUCAGGUUGAGUCUGCAGAAGCUCCAGGUCGACCAUGUAGAUCUCUACCUCAUCCACAGCCCCUUCCACACCGAGGACAGAGCCGAACACCAGGCCCGCUGGAGACAGAUGGAGGAGCUCCAGGCGCAGGGUCUGACGCGGUCCAUCGGCGUGAGCAACUACCACCCGGAACACCUCGACGUCAUCCUCGAGACGGCGCGGGUCCCGCCGGCGGUCAACCAGAUCGAAUUCCACCCGUACCUGCAACAUCCGGAAUGGAUCGAAUACCACAAGAAAAAGGGCAUCGCGACCAGCGCGUACGGCUCGCUCGCCGCCGUCGUCAAGCGCGGGGCGUCGUCGUCGGCGGCGGAACCGGGGCCGCUCGAGGCGAGCCUCGCGGCGCUGGCGCACAAGUACGGCGUCUCCCCCGCCGAGGUCUGCAUCCGGUGGUGCAUCGACCAGGACGUCGCGGUCAUCACGACCUCGUCCAAGGAGCAGCGCCUGAGCGACUACCUCCGGGCUAUGACGUUCAAGCUGACGCCGAGGGAGAUCGGGGAGAUCAAUGAGGAAGGGAGAAAGAGGCAUGUGAGGGGUUAUUGGAACCAUAAAUAUGGCGAUGACGAUCGGUCGUGAGAGAGAGAGAGAGGGAGAGAAACCGAAACCGAAAUCGAAAUCGCAGAGAGAGAGAGAGAGAGGAGGGAGAGAAACCGGAAAUCCGCAUGACGGUCCCUCGAAAGUUGAAAAGAAGAAGAAGAGACAAAUGAAAGAAAAAGAAAUUGAAAAAACGAUCUACCCCGGGUCUAUUGGUCGAAACAAAUUCCGCAACGUGACAUACAAAAACAUCGAGGGGGACCAGCGAUCGUCGGCUCUCC